UUUAUCUGCUGGGACUCGAGUAACAAGCCGAAUAGAGAGCCACCGUGCGCGCCACACCGGGUGUAUCGGGAUACACUCGUCAUCUUUGAAAUGAUACGUGCUGUGCCGCGCCUCUCGUUGCACCGUAUCUGCGAACUAUGUCGACCUUCCGUCAUUCACUGAAGUCUCGUCGACGAUAAGCUUGACAUGAAUACAAACCCUGCAGAAUGCCACGGUCAUCGUCGUCGCCGCCUCGGGCCUCUACAGACUCUUCCUCCACCCCGCACGCUGGCCUUCGCCAGUCCUGCAAUCGAUGCUAUGCCCAGAAAUUGCGUUGCGUGCGCGUUGAUGGCGUUGAGAAAAGCCAUGGCGUCUGUCAGCGUUGCACACGCCAGCAAGUCAAGUGUGUAUAUAGCGCAUGCGCUCCGAAAGGCCGACCUCGUAUCGUUCGCGCUGCACUUCAACGUUCUAUAGAACGAGAUUUGUCCGGCUAUCAGUCAAGUCCGAAAUUAUCGUUAGAAGCUGCUACUACAGCCCCGACUACCACCCUCUCUGCGGCUGCCCUGACUACUCCGUCCGAUUCCGCCUUGAACGAAUCAACGGCAUCUCGGCCACCCAGCUUGGGAGGGUGCGCAACAAGUACCGAAGCGAAUUAUUCCCUGCAAAGUCCUUUAUCAGGCGAACUGACAGCGACAGAGAUCCAUCAACCACAGAUGUGGCCGCCUAUACCAAAUAGCACAGAUCUCGGCUGGAAUGAACUUGACGUGGAUUUUGAUCAAUGGUUUCCACAAUCAUUGCAAGCUGCGGAUGCUGGCCAGACGGUUUUCGACUCUGACAUGCGAGAGUGGACCUCCCACACCUUGGGCAUCUUUGAUUCUAACCUCGAUGAACACGCAUCCGAGCUUGGCGUCGAAGACACGAGUUCUGGGAGUAGCUUAAGUAGAGCCAACAUUCAGCCCAUCGUCAGCACCGAAAAUUGCUCGGGCAAUACCACCUGCGGUACCUCUCAUAUAGCCGAACUAACGCAGCUGAACCUUCGGCUCUGUAUCAUACAUCGCUCAGUCACGGCGUUCACAUUGAGUGGCUGUCAACGCCCGGGUCCCGUCAUCGAUAUGGCUGCACUGACAGUCGUAAUGGACUGGACCUCGCAAGCUUCCAAAGACUUGCGCCAAGGCCACCUCCCUGUCGUGAACGAGUCUAAGUCGGACGGCGUCGGGAUUGCGCUGCGAGAGAUCUUCUCGGCUUCUUGCGAGUUGCUCCGAAUUCUGAGCAUUUUGAUAUCCGUUCCAUAUAUCCCAUGCGCCAACAAUUUAAGUACAGUUGGCGUUCUCCUCUCGCCAGACGCGAUAGAUCAGAUCAUGGGCGGCACGUUUCGACCUCGGCAUCCUCCAAUACCUCCGUCGAGCACUCCGUCCCGAAGUCCCAGCAAAACCCCGUCGACUGGUGAAUCAUCGCUAUGUGAAACCAAAAGUUCUGUGAUUGAUCAGUUGAUCAUCGCCUGUGCUGUUCUACUACUGAACAUUCUCCUCGUGGUUCUUGAUAUCAUUCAGAAUGACAUCGGUCGAGAUAUGUUUCCGACGCCCAUGGCCAAUAUCCGUACCAUUCUCGGCACGCAGAUCUGCUCGUACUUCAUUGAUCGCCAGAAUCUCGCCGUCGAUCUGUAUCUCUCUAGCGUCUCGCUCACUACACAGCGGGCUCAAUCCCAGGAUCCUGAUCGGAUCCUCACGCCUGCUGACUCUGGGCUGACUGCGUCGCUGGAGGAACUUGCCAAAUUGCGAGAUGACAUCCAGCAGCGUUUUGUGCGAUUAAGACAUUUUCUGCCCAUGUAAUUAAGCAGGCGGGUAAGGCGUUCUUCUCAUGUUGUGUCGAAGGGAGACAAUCCGCACGCGGCGCAGCGUGAAUGCAUGCACAGUACGUCCUCUCCGGAAUUGAUGCGACUCGAGCUUGGCGUGUUCCUAGAGCGGUUGUUCUUUGGGGAAGCAGAUUAUGCGCGGAAGUUCCACGAAUCCGUUCAGCAAAACAUCAAUUCGUUGUCUUUUACAUCUGCACUUCUAUUAAUUCUUGAGGUAUUGCUUUGAAGGUCAAUACCUGAGCGACGUUGGUCGAGGUGCACUGCAGAGUAUCUAGAAAAGAACUAACCCCAACCCUAGUCGAGACUGAAGCUUGGGCUGGGUCGUCCGCUCAUUCAAAAUGUAAUUGCGUCCAAAUGAUGUUACAGCAUCAUCAGCUCAACGAGACCAACAAUUAUUGCUUCAAAGGG